GUCAUUUAGCGGAGGGAUAUACGCUCCGCCUCCCAGUCUUCUUGACGCUAGGACAGGGGAGUCGGGAGAGCGGGGGAAAGGCAUUGGGGGAAAAAAGUACAAAAUAAAAAAAACUGCUUCAUGUCGGACUGCUUUAAAUAGACAAAAGUAAUAAGGAAGCGACCAGCCUGCCUCAAUUCUUCAAAGGUUCCACACGAAACCUUUACCCAGGCUCUGGCCACCUAAUCAUAUGGUAUGGACUAAACCAGAGACUCAUUGCUCGUGAGUGAGAGAGACAGAACGAAAGAGAGAUAAUAGGUCCUUUCCUAGUUAUAUCUGCCUAUUGACGACCUACAUUUGUAAAUCCUCUGGGCUGUUGUGUCCCAGAGGCCUGAUCUCAGCUGAACUUGUUCCCCAAACUGCACUCCCCUCAGUGGGGGUUGGUUGUGACCCAGCUCCAGGGUACAUCCCACCUCACGGCAGGCUUUCCUUUCCUGAGCGGCUGCGUCCUGCCUGCGUCCUGCCUCUAUUUCCUGUCCUUGGUGUGCAAGGCUAAGCCUCCUCUCUCCACUCCCCUACCACCUCCCCACACACACACACACUCCCUCCCUGUUAUACGCGAUCCAAGAAGAAGAGGACUCCUCAAUCCCCUAACUUCCUGGGUACAUUUCUCCCUCUCACCCUGGACAGCAGCACCAUGACCUCCAUGUCCAGCCUGUUCUCCUUCACCAGCCCAGCUGUGAAGCGUCUGCUGGGGUGGAAGCAGGGGGACGAGGAGGAGAAAUGGGCUGAGAAGGCUGUUGACGCCCUGGUCAAGAAACUGAAGAAGAAGAAGGGAGCCAUGGAGGACCUGGAGAAAGCCCUCAGCAGCCCAGGACAGCCCAGUAAGUGUGUGACCAUUCCUCGGUCUCUGGACGGUCGUCUCCAGGUGUCCCACAGGAAGGGUCUCCCCCACGUUAUCUACUGCAGGGUGUGGCGCUGGCCCGACCUGCAGUCUCACCAUGAGCUCAAGCCCCUGGAGAUGUGUGAAUACCCCUUCGGCUCCAAACAGAAGGAGGUCUGCAUUAACCCCUACCACUACAAGAGGGUAGAGAGCCCAGUUCUCCCUCCGGUGUUGGUGCCUCGCCACAGUGAGUUCAACCCACAACACAGUCUCCUGGUCCAGUUUAGGAACAUGACUCACAACGAGCCCCACAUGCCCCUGAACGCCACCUUCCCAGAGUCCUUCCAGCAGCACAGUGGGGGCAGCGGUACCUCCUUCCCCAUCUCCCCUAACUCCCCCUACCCCCCCUCCCCAGCCUCCAGCGGAGGGGUGGGCACCUACCCCAACUCUCCUGCCAGCUCCGGACCCUCCAGCCCCUUCCAGCUUCCAGCUGACACCCCACCCCCGGCCUACAUGCCCCCUGACGAGCAGAUGGGACAGGAGGGGUCCAUGGAGACCACCAGCAGCAGCGGGCCCAGGAACAUGCCUAGUGGGGAUGUGCAGCCAGUGGAGUAUGAGGAACCUAGCCACUGGUGCAGUAUUGUGUACUAUGAGUUGAACAACAGAGUGGGUGAGGCCUACCAUGCCUCUUCUACCAGCGUCCUGGUGGACGGCUUCACCGACCCCUCCAACAACAAGAAUCGCUUCUGCCUGGGGUUGCUCUCCAACGUCAACCGCAACUCAACCAUAGAGAACACACGCCGCCACAUCGGCAAAGGGGUCCACCUGUACUAUGUAGGAGGUGAGGUCUAUGCAGAGUGUCUGAGCGACACCAGUAUCUUCGUUCAGAGUCGUAACUGUAACUACCACCACGGUUUCCACCCCACCACGGUGUGUAAGAUCCCUAGUGGCUGCAGUCUGAAGAUCUUUAACAACCAGGAAUUUGCACAGCUACUGGCCCAGUCUGUUAACCACGGCUUUGAGGCUGUCUACGAACUCACCAAGAUGUGCACCAUCCGCAUGAGCUUUGUAAAGGGCUGGGGAGCUGAGUAUCACCGACAAGAUGUCACCAGCACCCCCUGUUGGAUAGAAGUGCACCUUCACGGCCCUCUGCAGUGGCUGGAUAAAGUGCUGACACAGAUGGGCUCUCCUCUCAACCCCAUCUCUUCAGUGUCCUAAUGGUUGCCGACCACACUCUCAACCCCAUCUCUUCAGUGUCCUAAUGGUUGCCGACCACACUCUCAACCCCAUCUCUUCAGUGUCCUAAUGGUUGCCCCCCGACCACACUCUCAACCCCAUCUCUUCAGUGUCCUAAUGGUGCCCCCCCCAGACCAGACUCUCAACCCCAUCUCUUCAGUGUCCUAAUGGUGCCCCCCCCCCGACCACACUCUCAACCCCAUAUCUUCAGUGUCCUAAUGAUGCCCCCCCCCUCCCAGACCAGACUCUCAACCCCAUAAUAAUAAUAAAUAAUAUGCCAUUUAGCAGACGCUUUUAUCCAAAGCGACUAAGUCAUGCGUGCAUAGUUU